ACGCGAAAAAGGCUAGAGUUUGUGAUAUCGCGGGCCAAAGUUUCGCUUAAAUACGCACAGCGUUGUGCGGCCAGUGCUUGUUUUAUCGGAUCGAUUCCAUUUGCAACCCAUUAACGAUCGAAUCGGCUCAACAGCACUACCUUCAAAAUGCCGCGUAUUAUGAUCAAGGGUGGUGUUUGGCGGAACACCGAGGAUGAAAUCCUCAAAGCCGCCGUCAUGAAGUAUGGCAAAAACCAAUGGUCCCGUAUUGCGUCGCUGCUGCAUCGCAAGUCGGCGAAACAGUGCAAGGCACGUUGGUACGAGUGGCUGGAUCCUAGCAUUAAGAAGACGGAAUGGUCCCGCGAGGAGGACGAAAAACUGCUCCAUCUGGCCAAGCUGAUGCCGACACAGUGGCGCACAAUUGCACCGAUCAUCGGUCGUACGGCUGCGCAAUGUUUGGAGCGGUACGAAUACCUACUGGAUCAGGCGCAGCGCAAAGAGGAAGGCGAGGAUGGGAUGGAUGAUCCGCGCAAGCUGAAGCCGGGCGAGAUUGAUCCAAAUCCCGAGACGAAACCCGCACGGCCGGAUCCCAAAGACAUGGACGAGGAUGAGCUGGAGAUGCUGUCGGAGGCACGCGCCCGUCUAGCCAACACGCAGGGCAAGAAGGCGAAGCGUAAGGCGCGCGAGAAGCAGCUGGAAGAAGCUCGCCGUCUUGCGGCACUGCAAAAACGUCGCGAGCUGCGCGCUGCCGGCAUUGGGCUGGGCAACCGGAAGCGCAAACUGAAGGGCAUCGAUUACAACUCGGAGGUACCGUUCGAAAAGACACCGGCACCCGGGUUUUACGAUACUACCGACGAGUUUGUGGUGCCGAUAGCGGCCGACUUUUCCAGCUUGCGGCAGCAAACGCUCGACGGGGAGCUGCGCACCGAGAAGGAGGCGCGCGAGCGGAAGAAGGAUAAGGAAAAGUUGAAGCAUAGAAAGGAGAACGAUAUUCCGACGGCGUUGCUGAAGAACCAGGAACCGGCCAAGAAACGUUCGAAGCUGGUCCUUCCGGAGCCGCAAAUUUCGGACCAAGAAUUGCAGCAGGUCGUGAAGCUUGGCCGGGCCAGCGAGAUUGCCAAGGAGGUCGCUUCGGAAAGUGGCGUCGAAACGACGGAUGCGCUGCUGGCGGACUAUAGCAUCACACCACAGGUGGCUGCCACCCCUCGGACCCCCGCCCCGGUGACGGAUCGAAUUCUGCAGGAGGCUCAAAACAUGAUGGCACUCACACACGUGGAGACGCCUCUCAAGGGCGGAGUCAAUACACCGCUCCACCAGUCGGAUUUUUCGGGCGUGUUGCCCCAAAGCCAGACAGUGGCCACUCCCAAUACCGUGCUGGCGACUCCGUUCCGCUCCGUCCGCGGACCGGACGGAAGUGCUACGCCGGGAGGCUUUUUGACACCGGCUUCCGGGGCGAUGGUUCCCGUCGGCUCAGGCACACAGCCCCACGCACCCGGGGCAACGCCAAACUUCCUGCGCGAUAAGCUAAACAUCAACACGGAGGACGGGAUGAGUGUGGCCGAGACGCCGGCCGCUUAUAAAUCGUACCAGAAGCAGCUGAAAUCGUCGCUCAAGGAGGGACUUGCUUCUCUUCCAGCGCCGAGAAACGAUUACGAGAUCGUGGUGCCCGAUAACGAAGCGGACGAAGCGGCCGACGACGGUUCGAUGGAUGUGGAGCAGAUGGUGCCGGAUCAGGCGGACGUGGACGAGAAGCGCAAGCGCAACAAGCUUGCCCAAGAGGCAAAGGAGCUUUCUCUGCGCUCCCAGGUCAUACAGCGCGACUUGCCCCGCCCGCUUGAAAUCAAUACGACCGUGCUGCGCCCGUCGAACGAAAUGCACGGGCUAACCGAUCUGCAGAAGGCGGAAGAGCUGGUUAAGCAGGAAAUGGUAAAGAUGCUCAACUACGACGCGUUGCGCAAUCCGAUCCAACAAUCGCAACCCGCGUCAAUGAAGCGCCCCAUGCUGAGCCAGUACCAGUCGUAUCUGGAGCAGCAUCCGUACGAAACGAUCGACGAGGUGGAAUUGGACGAGGCACGCAAAAUGCUGGCCGCGGAAAUGGGUGUCGUGAAGCACGGUAUGGCCCACGGAGACUUGUCGCUGGAGAGCUACACCCAGGUGUGGCAGGAAUGCCUCUCGCAGGUGCUGUAUCUGCCCAGCCAAAAUCGCUACACUCGUGCCAACUUAGCCAGCAAGAAGGACCGCAUCGAAUCGGCCGAGAAGCGGCUCGAAAUCAACCGAAAGCACAUGGCCAAGGAAGCAAAACGGUGCGGCAAGAUAGAGAAGAAGCUGAAGAUUCUCACCGCCGGGUAUCAGGCACGGGCGCAAGCGUUGGUCAAACAGUUCCAGGACACGAACGAGCAGAUCGAGCAAAACUCGCUGGCGCUGUCGACGUUCAAGUUUUUGGCGGCACAGGAAGAUCUGGCCAUACCGAAGCGUUUGGAGUCGCUGACGGAAGAUGUGAUGCGGCAGACGGAGCGCGAGAAAACUCUGCAAAACCGUUACGCACAGCUGACCGAGGAGCUGGAGGAACUGAACCAUCUGCUGGAAGAAGCACGUGUUAAUGGUGUGCAGGAGCAUGAGGAGGGUGGUAAGGAACGGGAACCGGUUGUAAACGGUCGGCUGGAGCAUCGGGUGGUGGAGGAGAAAGAGGAACCGGUGGUAGAUAAUCCCACAAACGGACCGGAGGAAAGCAACGUGCAGGAGGAAUCGUCCGAGUCAAAUGCAGCUGAAGAUGAACCGCCAGAGAAUGAAGACGAAGGAAAUCCUGAGGCGCAGGAACGGCAGAGCGAGAGCCCGGAGGAAUCUGUACCAGGGCAGGAUAGUGGUGAAAGUGAAGAAAAUACUUCCGAAGGUCAAGAGAAUCAGGAGCAGCAGCAGGAUGAACCGAUGGAACAAGACGACGACGAGGAGGAUGCUUCUAAUGAAUAAGGAUGUAUCGACUACUACUGUUUACGGACAGUCUAAUAAAGACACUCAUCUUGUA